GCACCACCAGCAACCAGCAGGAGCAGACGUGCCACAGCCACCAAGCUGGCAACCACAAGCUAUCGGCUGGUUGUGGCGCCGGCUGGCAGCCAAAGGAGCGGCGGGAAUGUGGUCGUCAGCAGCGUCAGCGGUGGCGCCACCGUCACGGGCAACACAAUUGUCACCACGGGCAACGGCAGCAACAGCUCCGGCAGCGGCGGCGGUGGCGGCGGCGGCCUGAACGUGACCACAAUCACCACCACCAGCAAUAGCUCGCAGGCGCAGUCGUCCUCCGGUGGCCAGAGCAAUGGCACCACCUACAAGAUCGAGAUGCUGGACGACGACAUGCAGAGUCUGGCCACAGAUGACGAGGACGAUGAUUUGAUUAGCAGCGAGGGCAGUCUGUACGAUGGCGAUCUCAAUACGCUGGCCAACGAUGAUGUCGCCCACCAGCUGGCGGCUGCUGGGCCGGUGGGUGUGGCAGCGGCCGCUGCGAUAGCCAGCUCAAAGAAACGCAAGCGUCCGCACUGCUUCGAAACGAAUCCGUCGGUGCGCAAGCGGCAACAGAAUCGUCUGCUACGCAAAUUGCGCGGCAUCAUCUACGAAUUCACCGGGCGCGUGGGCAAGCAGGCGGUGGUGCUGGUGGCGACGCCCGGCAAGCCGAACACCAGCUACAAGGUGUUCGGGGCGAAGCCGCUGGAGGAUGUGCUGCGCAAUCUGAAGAACAUUGUGAUGGAUGAGCUGGACAAUGCGCUGGCCCAACAGGCGCCGCCGCCGCCGCAAGAGGAUCCCUCGCUGUUCGAGCUGCCCGGCCUGGUCAUCGAUGGCAUACCGACGCCCGUCGAGAAGAUGACGCAGGCACAGCUGCGUGCGUUCAUACCGCUCAUGCUCAAGUAUUCGACGGGGCGCGGCAAGCCGGGCUGGGGGCGAGAGUCGACACGGCCGCCAUGGUGGCCCAAGGAGUUGCCGUGGGCGAAUGUGCGCAUGGAUGCCCGCUCCGAGGAUGACAAGCAGAAGAUUAGCUGGACCCAUGCGCUGCGCAAGAUUGUGAUCAAUUGCUACAAAUAUCAUGGACGCGAGGAUCUGCUGCCGACAUUCGCCGACGACGAGGACAAGGUGAAUGCGCUGAUCUCGCAGUCUGGCGACGAGGACGAGGACAUGGAGCAGCUGUCCAAUACGCCCACCAUACAGACGGUGCAAACGGUGACGCCGGCCACUAAUCAAACCACCAGCCAACAACUGCAGCCACAGCAGGUGAACGUGGUGAAGAUCAACAGCGCUGGCACAGUGAUCACAACGCACACAGCCCAAUCGAAUACGCCAGCUCCGACGAUCAUCCAAAGCACGAACAAUCAACAUGUGACCACGACGGCCACAUUGCCGGCAUCGACUAAGAUCGAGAUAUGCCAGGCGCCACAGCAGCAGCAGCAGCACCAUCAGCAGCAGCAACAUCUGCACACAACCAGCAACAACAACACGACCACAGUGCACAUCCAGGCGGUCAGCCAGUCGCAGCCGCAAACGAUUCAAUUGACAACGGCGAGCGGUACGGCCACAGCGACGGCUGUGCAGACAACAGCAGCCGCUGUAAGUGCAUCGCAGGCGGCACAGGCAGCUGCCGCAGCUGCUCAGCAGCAGCAGCAACAGCAGCAGCAGCAGCAGCAGCAAUCGAAUGCUGCUCAGACCGUAACCGCCCAACAGAUAGCCAAUGCCCAAGUUUGCAUCGAGCCCAUAACGCUGAGCGACGUUGAUUACACGACACAAACUGUCCUGUCGCAGAACGCCGAUGGCACCGUCUCUCUCAUACAGGUGGAUCCUAACAAUCCAAUCAUAACGCUGCCCGACGGCACAACAGCUCAGGUUCAGGGCGUGGCAACGCUGCAUCAAGGCGAAGGCGGCGCCACCAUACAAACGGUACAAAGUCUCGCCGAUGUGAAUGGUCAUGACAAUAUGACCGUCGAUCUGACCGAGGCGCAGGAUGGCCAAAUCUUUAUUACCACCGAGGAUGGGCAGGGAUAUCCGGUCUCAGUGAGCAAUGUUAUAUCGGUGCCCGUCUCCAUGUAUCAGUCGGUGAUGGCCAACAUGCAGCAGCUGCAGACGAAUAGCGAUGGCACCGUGUGCUUGGCCCCCAUGCAGGUAGAUAACAGCAACACACCAAACAACAACAGCAACAACAACAACAACAGCAACACAACCAACAGCAGUAAUAAUAGUAGUAGCGGCAGCCCAUCUGCUGCCGCGCCCACCUCGCUGCUGGGCAUCUCAGUAAUCAACGCUGGCGCCAUGCUAGGCCGGCGUCUCACUGGCAGCGGCGCUGGCGUCGCAGCAGCAGCGGCAACGUCCACUGCCGGGCAACAGCCGGCGCUGACACUGCAAGCGCCGCCUGGCAUUCGGUUCUACUGGGCCGCCAGUCCGGGUAGCGGCAGCGGCAGCGGCAGCGGCGCUGGCAGCAGCAAUUUGAAUGCUACCGCUAGCUUUAAUCUCGCCAAUAACAAUAACAAUAGCAUGCUUACUAAUAAUAAUAAUAAUAAUAGCAACAACAACAACUGUAGCAGUAAUAGCAGUAGCAAUAAUAACAUUAAAAUGACGCUGCCCGUAGUGCUGACAGCGCCGGCGACGUCGACUGCGCAGCGGCGCCUCGAACCAAAUGCGUCGCGGCGCACAGCGCAAAAACGCCGCAAGCUGAACAGCAGCGCCGGCAGCAGCAGCAGCAGCAACAACAACAACAACAAUACUAACAAUAAUAAUAAUAAUAGUAAGCUAACUUUACGCAAAAAAGCAAACGACAUAACGGUACCUGCUGCUGCUGCUGCUGCUGAAACGUCCACCAUACGCUGCGUGGAUAGCGCCAGCCUGACCAAUGCCAGCGGCGGCGCCGGCGUCGGCGGCAGCGCAGCCUUGCAGCUGCAGCUGCCAACGAAAACCAUUAAAUUAGAGCAUUUGGAGUAGUAGACUUUAAGCAGCCAUACGCACAUACUUGCCACGCCCACGCCCAUGCCUAACGCCAAUUUCCAUCAAUAUUUAAAGCUAGUUAACAUUGCACGUAUCAAAUCUAGUCAAAACGGCGCUGCGUGCACACAGACACACACACACACACA